AUGAAGCUUAAAGAUUUUCUUGACUUGCCUUUUACGUGCCAUCUUUUUAUAGGCAUCAUCAUCAGAGUUGCUUUGAUUGUGUAUGGAGAUUUCCAUGACAAGUUAUACGAUGUUCCAUACACGGAUGUUGACUAUAAAGUGUUUACUGACGCGGCCAGACAUGUUGUCAAAGGACAUUCUCCAUACAAACGUCAUACAUACAGAUAUAGCCCGUUGAUAGCUUAUUUCUUAGUCCCUAAUAUACGAUGGGGCAAAAAUUGUGGGAAAUUACUCUUUUCUGUCUUUGAUAUCCUGGUCACUGUUGCAGUUAAAAUUUUGGUGGAAUAUCAGUUAGGGUCUAAGAAAAAUACAAAGAAUAUACCGGUUUAUUGCGCUCUGUUUUGGCUUUACAAUCCUCUAAGUAUUGGUAUUUCUACUAGAGGCAACGCCGACUCAGUACCAUGUUUCUUCAUCAUACUAUCAAUUCUUUUCUUACAAACUGACAUAGUAAAAUCUAACUGGAAGUAUGCUCUAUCAGGGAUAUUAUUGGGUAUUUCGAUACAUCUACGUCUUUACCCGUUGGCGUUCAGUUUUCCCAUGUAUUUGUCUUUAGGCGAAUAUAAAAUUAACAGAAACACUAGUAUCAAAGAUGGGAUUACUUCUCUUUUGCCUAAUCUCAAGCAAAUAACUUUAGUGACAAGUUGUGUAGGAACUCUUAUUCUUCUAACUUCCUAUAUGUAUAAAUUGUAUGGCUACGAAUUUUUAUUCGAAACUUACAUUUACCAUCUUUUCAGGAAAGACACUCGUCACAAUUUCUCUGUGCUUUUCUACUAUUCGUAUUUAACAAUGGAUCAGUUAAAUUUUGAUGUUGUAAAAGUGCUUGCUCAAAUAUUCGAAGGUGUAUUAUUAUUUAUGGGUAGUUUGGCUUUUGGUACUGAUCCUAAAACCCUGCCAUUCGCUUUAUUUUUCCAAGCGGUAGUUCUGGUCGCCUACAACAGUGUUAUGACGUCACAAUACUUUAUUUGGUUUUUAUCUUUGAUGCCAUUAGUUGUGCACAACUUUAGGCUGAAACCGGCAAAUGCGUUAUUUUUGACUGUCGUUUGGGUAUUUGCUCAAGCAGGUUGGUUGUUUUACGCGUAUUUACUUGAGUUUAAAUGUAGACAGGUUUUUAUAUUGAUUUGGUUGAAGAGUAUUGUGUUUUUCUGUGCAAAUAUUUACGUUCUGGGACAACUUGUUAAGAGCUAUUCGCCUGGUUAUGCUUUUGGGGAAUAUCUGGCUCUGGACAAAAAAAUAAAAUAACGAGGCUAAUAUAAACCUUAUCCUGAUCAGCAUAAAGGUCACUUUGAUAUAAUCGAUUUUGUCUUU